CACAGGGAGGAAAGGAGGGAGGCAGCCCAGGGUCUGCCCCGUCUGCUAUAUUUAACUCAUGCUAAAGACAGCUCGUGCUUUCUGUGUCCGUGUGUGUGUAUAUGUACGUAUGCGGUCUCUCUGGUACACACUUCAGCCUCCCUCGGACACACUCCAGCGCUGCUCACAUCAGACAAGUCUACGGUGAGCAGGUAAAAGCAGAGGCAGUCGGCUGCCUCCGGCCACACCAGGCAUGGAGGGACUCUACUUUGAAGUGAGGCCCAGAAAAGAUGAACCCCCCAGGCCAGGAAGUUCUGACAAACCCAGUGCUUGUGUAACUUCAAACCACCGCUCAUGUCCAUCACUUUCACGUUUCACCUCUUCCACACUGUGUCCUGAGAAACUCACCUCUGCUAGGAAGAGCAUUGCAACUUGGGGGGAAAGGAGAAAGAAAAAAGGAGAGGAGGAGAAGGAGGAGGAGGAGGAAGUACGAUACAAACUGACAUUGAUCGGUUCUCUGCCGGUCCACUAUCUGACAACCAUGACCAUGCUGCCAUGGGUGGUGGCAGAGAUCAGCAAGUCCCAGUCUGCAGAGAAGGAACCAGGUGCUGGGUUACAGUGUGGAAGUCCCAGAGGUGGACAGUUGGUCCCCUCUACCCACAAUCAGACAGUUUUUCUCUGUGUGUCGGCAUCAUGGGUGCGAUGUGUGUCUGCUCUGGGAGAGGGAGUCGUCUGGGACCCUCUGACACACACUGUGCUGUUUGAAUGUCGUCCUCACCAGCUGACUAAGCUAAUUCACAACAGCCAGGAGCCCAACAGCUUUGGCUGCCUGGUCAGAGACACACCAAACUGUGCCUGCUAUGUUUUCCAGUGCCAGGACAGCACCAAGGUUCCUGAGAUCAUCAGUACGCUGAGGCAGGCUGGCAAGAGCUCGGCACGCAAUGAUGACGUCACCAUCCUUUCCAACAAAACUUCCAGUGGAGGCAGUGAUCCCUCUGAAACAUGUUUUUCUUCUCUGUCCACAACAACAGCCACCAGGGCACCCUCUGUUGCUGUGUCUCCAACAGCCUUUGCCAAAAAGUUUGAGGUACUGUUUUGUGGCCGCGUGAGCGUGGCUCACAAGAAAGCCCCUCCUGCCCUGAUUGAUGAGUGCAUCGAGAAGUUUAGCCAGUUGCAUGGCUCAGGGUCAAGUAAUAAAGGACAAAGUGGUGGGGGGUUGACAGGUGAGCUGAGGAGGGUAUUAACCUUCCCUUCCAAUGGACUUGGGGGUGGUGCCAUUGGCAAUGGUUCUACAGGGAGCCCAACGACUGGGAAGCGUCCUGUCCUGUUUAAAAAAGACCCCAGCUUCCCCUGUCUGCAGGCCCUGGAUGAGAAUGGACUCUCGCCAGAGAUCUCUCACACCAACACUACUCACUCACACGCCCACUCGGCUGGAGUACAGCCCACCAGCGUGCAGGAGAACAGGACCAUGUUGUUUACGGUGGGCAGGUCUCAGAUCUACUUGGUUAGUCCAGACACUAAGAGAGUUGCCAUAGAGAAGAGUUUCAGAGAAAUCUCCUUCUGCUCACAGGGUAUCCACCACGUGGAUCACUUUGGCUUCAUUUGCAGGGAGACAGUGGAAGGAGGGAGCUGUCACUUUGUGUGCUAUGUUUUCCAAUGUGCUGAUGAAUCACUGGUGGAUGAGAUCAUGCUGACUUUGAAGCAGGCGUUCUCUGUGGCAGCCCUGCAGCAGAAUGCCAAGACCCAGAGCCAGCAGUGUGACAGCUGUCCCAUGCAGCAGCUCCACAAACUUUGUGAGAGCAUAGAAGGUUUGCACCCAUCAAAAACCAAGCUGGAGCUUCAGAAACAUUUGGCCACUCUGGACAACCAGGAGCAAGCUUCAGUCUUUGAAAACACUAUGAGGGCUCGUCCCAAGAGCGAUCAGGAAGAGAACGAGUUGGUGAUGGCCUCUUUGAGGAGUCUGUACGAGGAGAGACAGAGGAGCCAUCAGCACACACUGUCUGGAGACAGCAAACAGGUGUGCGAGGAGGCAGCUCCAGCCCCGGUGGAGCAGCUGAGCAGCAGUCGGCAGCGGCUUGAGCAGUUUAAGAGUCGAGCCAAGCGCUCUCUCACAGAGUCCCUGGAAGGGAUCUGGAAGGGGAGCAGCAAGGCCAGAGCCCAGAGGGACAACAGUAUAGGAAGUGACAGUGGCUCCUCCAUUUGUACAAUCAAAAGCAGCCAGGACCAACCUUGCCUAGAUGACCCCCUGCCUGCCUCCUCCCAGCUGCGACCCACCAGCCCACUCAGGUGCCACAACUCAACAGGAGACCUGAAGCGCCUUGGCUCCUCACACCCCCAGUCUCCCCCGUCCUCUUCCCCCAGUGAUACUCAGCCACAGGGCUUCCGCCGACGUGCCAGCACUUUCAGCCACCCUCCUACCCCUUCUUCAGUAGAGUGCUCACCUGUACACAAACUAACUCACACGCAGCAGGACCCUACUGCAGCUACCAAGCCCAAGCUUGUACGACACUACUCCGUCAGCACAGACUCUCCACACCAGAGCAAUGUCUUUGGCUUUUUUUGCUUUCUUUCUCUUUGCUCUCUCUCUCUCUCUCUCUCUCUCUCUGUAUUUGUGCUGUUUCUCAGACAUGUCACAACCGACUCCACCCUUCCUCCUGUUGCUCCCUACCCUUCAUCUCCCUCUCCUCUCCUCCCCCAUCAUCCUUCCUCACCUUCUGCUGGAGCCUGGCUCAGUAAAAGAAGUACUCUGGGUGGUCUGCGUGCUCGUCUCCACUCCUCUUCUUCUGUCCCUAAUUUUCUGAAAUUUCAAUUUCUGGCCACUGUCCAAGAGAAUGAUUCCCCCGAGCCAAAGAGCAGCGAUGUAGCAGCUCUGUCUACACCAAGUGCGUCAUGUGGGGUAGGGGAAAGUCCUCUGCGCAGUCACCGCCACUCAUGGAGGCAGCAGAUCUUCCUACGAGUUGCUACGCCUCAGAAGAACACAGAAACCAGUGAGCGGGGGGACCCCUGCCUAGAUGGGGCUCGAGUGUGUGGGGGCCAGGUGGGAGUUGGUGGAAAUGGGGAUUCGUCCAUAAGUGUGGUCCCUGAGGAGAGGACAAAAAGAAGCAAAGAGGAACUGAGAGAGCUUUGGAGAAAGGCCAUCCUGCAGCAGAUCCUGCUGCAGAGGAUGGAGAGGGAGAACCAGAAACUACAGGCGUCAGAGAGUGAUCUGCAGAAUAGGCGUCUGAAGCUGGACUAUGAGGAAAUCACUCCGUGUCUGAAGGAGGUCACUCUCGUCUGGGAGAAGAUGCUGGGAACUCCUGGGAGGGCAAAGGUCAAAUUUGAUGCAGAGACCAUACAUGCUGCAGUUGCACAAGGUGUCCCAAGGCAGCAUCGAGGCGAGAUCUGGAAAUUUCUCUCUGAACAGUACCUGCUCAGGCAGACGGUCCCUUCCCGACCCCCCGCCAAUCACACGCCGUACAAGGAGCUGCUGAAACAGCUCACCUCACAGCAACACGCCAUCCUCAUAGAUCUGGGUCGCACUUUUCCCACUCAUCCAUAUUUCCAAGCCCAGCUGGGAGCUGGACAACUGUCUCUGUAUAAUUUGCUGAAGGCCUACUCACUGCUGGACCCAGAGGUGGGCUACUGCCAGGGCCUGUCUUUCAUUGCUGGAGUGCUGCUGUUACACAUGGGGGAAGAGGAUGCCUUUGACAUGCUUAAAUUUCUAAUGUAUGACGUGGGGCUCCGCAAACAGUACAGGCCUGACAUGAUUAUCCUGCAGAUUCAGAUGUACCAGCUGUCACGGCUCCUCCAUGACUACCACAGGGAUCUCUACAGCCACUUGGAGCAGCAGGAGAUCGGGCCCAGCUUAUACGCCACACCCUGGUUCCUCACCGCCUUUGCAUCACACUUCCCCCUCGGCUUUGUAGCCAGAGUCUUCGAUAUGUUGUUCCUGCAGGGGUCAGAGGUCAUCUUUAAGGUGGCCUUGAGUCUGCUGGGGAGUCACAAGCCCCUGAUCCUGCAGCACGAGCACCUAGAGUCCAUAGUGGACUUCAUCAAGACCACGCUGCCCAAACUGGGUCUGGUGCAGAUGGAAAAAACCAUCAACCAGGUUUGUGAGAUGGAUGUGUCCAAGCAGCUGCAGGCCUAUGAGGUGGAGUACCACGUCUUGCAGGAUGAACUGCUGGACACGUCUCCAACCCUCAACCAACACCAGCGAGCUGCACAGCUGGAGAGGACCAAUCAGAGCCUUCGACAGCAGAACCUCGACCUGCUGGAGGAAGUGCAGAGGUCACAUGCUCGCGUCCGCGACCUGGAGAGUCGAGUGGAGGCUUUGUCCCAGUCGGAGAGCCAGCUCAGGGAGCAGGUUUCUGCUCUGGAGGAAGAGAAGAAACAGCUAGCAAGCACCGUCACAUGCCUGCAGGACCUCCUCGCCAGCUUCGGCGUACACACCAUCUCCGAUGGACACACACUCCACUCCCCAACCUCUGAACAGCAGCCAGUCACAGCAAAAGUGGAUGGUCUGGCAAACAGAACUGUGGACUCCCUUCCCCAUAACUGCACCUAAUUGUUUUCCAUGUGGUAAGGUAGUCCGGAGGAGGAGCCGGUUGUGGAAGACCGAUGAAGAGAAGGUCGAGUGAGACAUCAAGGUGGCUCCCUACUUCGACCUCAAUCCUCUUCUCACCUCAUGAAUGUUUUAAUAAAAAGUGGAAAUACAGAAACAGAGAGGUGAAGAAUGGGAAAUGGGGACAAGGUUAAAAGAGGAAGACACGAGUAUUAUCCCAAAAACACACCAAUUGCCCUCUUCCGGCUCUUAAACAAAUACAAACGAACAUGUGAUUUGACCAACGAUCCCCAAAGAUAGCACUGUCCCUCUACUGUAAAAACAAAGUUACAUUUGCACCUGUACUUGUUUAUGUCCAUGAAUGUCUGGUGUCUUCGGCCAUGUAUUUUAUGAUCAUGUGAGAGAGUUUGUGUGGAUGUGUCAGAUGCAGAAAGGCUGAAGUAGCCAAAGAAUGUCUUUAUUAGCGAACAACAAGCUCGAACAAAGAACGUGUAGUAUCGCUCAAGCCUAUCCAUAGUCAGUAGGUAAUACAAAGAUAAAACGUUUCCAAAGAAAAAAAUAAGUCAAGUAUGUUAAGAAAGUGGGAUGAAGAGACGGGUGAAGAAAUAAACUUCACGACAAAGCGUUUUAUUUUGUUGUAAAAGUUGUAUAGGACAUAAGCUAAGUGAUGUUAGAGCUUGGAUGAUGGUGCUCAUGUUCAGAGGUCACAGGUGAAACUAUUUUUGAUUCCUCCUCCUUAUUUCUACUCUGUUUCUGUUUCCUGAUCCUGGACGAUGCAAACUUCAUUUAGUUACAGUAUGUCGCAGGAAGAGUAACACAAUAAAUCCGGUCCAUUUCACAUCCUGUUUUUUCACCUUUGGAUACAAGUCGAUCCAUCUGUGUAGAAAGGGAAAUAGAUGCCGUUUCAGCAGAAAACUUAGUAGCUGUGCUUUUCUGGCGGGAGGAAGGUGCAGACUUUUAACAGGUCAGCUACUUUCAAUGACUGAAAAACACGCUUGCGUCUAAAACGUCAAAUAGGAGACCUCUGCUGUUGAGACAAUCUGUCAGCUAUGAGUCAUUUACUGUAUUCAACACACUGAAUCCGUUCAUCCCGAGCUGCAGUUCGGUGUGUGUGUGUGUGCGUGCGCAUGUGUGUGUGUGUGUGUCCAUGUCUAAAUGUGUUACCAUGCGUCUGUGUGCUUGAACACUUCACUGAUUACAACAAAUCUGUUGAUUUACACUGUAAAGUUAUUUGCUUUUACUCCAGACUCUCCUUGCACAUGUUUUGUUUUAAAAUGAUUAUUGCUGUUAUUCUGUACUUUACAAAUACAUUUCGUAUCUUUUCAGCACAUCUGAAGCCAGUUAUAUUCUUGUGUGAUUGCCUUUUGCGCAGUAUGAACUCACAGGUGUCAGACUGUUCAAGAUGGUGUAGAUUAUGUCACCUCCUGUCCAAACACGCCAGUCACUUUGAAUGCUAGAGACUUGUUAUUACGUUUCAAGCAUAUGGAAAUAUACUGUACGUGGUGUUUAAAA